AAAAUCGGAAAAUCACAAAACCCAAAACCCUUUUCUUCAUUCUUCUCCUUCGCCAGUCGGCCACCAAAAAAUUUCCUCCUUUCUACCACUCCAAUGGCGAUUCUAGUAAGCUCCAAAGCGGAGCUAAAGCGGAGAGAGAAGGAGAAAAAGAAGGCAAAAUCAGCAGGGUUUGAGUCAUUAGGGUUAAGUUCCAAUGUAUUCCGAGGAAUCAAACGGAAAGGUUACAGAGUUCCGACGCCUAUUCAGCGCAAAACAAUGCCGCUCAUACUCUCCGGUAUCGACGUUGUCGCUAUGGCCCGUACUGGUUCUGGUAAAACGGCGGCGUUUCUCCUUCCUAUGCUUGAGAAAUUGAAGCAACAUGUGCCUCAAGCUGGUGUUAGAGCCCUUAUUUUAUCUCCUACUAGAGAUUUGGCACUUCAAACACUUAAAUUUACAAAAGAGCUUGGUCGAUUCACAGAUAUUCGUGUUAGUUUAUUGGUUGGUGGUGAUAGUAUGGAAAGCCAAUUUGAAGAAUUGGCACAAAGUCCUGAUAUUAUAAUUGCAACUCCUGGUCGGCUAAUGCACCAUUUAUCUGAGGUUGAUGAUAUGUCACUGCGCACUGUGGAGUAUGUGGUUUUUGACGAGGCUGAUUGUUUAUUUAGCAUGGGAUUUGCUGAGCAAUUGCAUAGUAUUCUCACCCAUCUAGGUGAGAAUCGCCAGACUCUGCUUUUCAGUGCAACUUUACCGAGUGCCCUUGCUGAAUUUGCCAAGGCUGGGCUGCGAGAUCCUCAGCUUGUGCGUCUUGAUUUGGACACUAAGAUAAGUCCAGACUUGAAGCUUGCGUUUUUCACUGUGAGACAUGAGGAAAAGCAUGCUGCACUUCUGUAUCUGAUUCGUGAACAAAUAAGUUCUGAUCAGCAGACUUUAGUUUUUGUUUCCACCAAGUAUCAUGUUGAGUUCCUUAACAUACUUUUAAGAGAAGAGGGUAUUGAACCUUCUGUUUGUUAUGGUGAUAUGGAUCACGAUGCUCGCAAAAUUCAUGUUUCUAGAUUUAGAGCAAGAAAGACAAUGGUGCUCAUUGUGACCGAUGUGGCUGCUAGAGGAAUUGAUAUUCCACUGCUUGAUAAUGUUAUCAACUUUGAUUUUCCUCCAAAACCUAAACUUUUUGUGCAUCGAGUUGGGCGUGCUGCAAGGGCGGGUCGUAUUGGCACUGCUUAUUCUCUUCUCACAUCUGAAGACAUGCCUUAUUUGUUAGAUCUUCAUCUCUUUCUGUCUAAACCAAUCAGGGCUGCGCCAACCGAGGAAGAGGUUUUACAAGAUAUGGAUGGAGUCCGGUCCAAAAUAGAUCAAGCGGUUGCCAAUGGAGGAACUGUCUAUGGACGUUUUCCUCAAACUGUUCUAGAUCUCCUCUCUGAUAGAGUUCGGGAAAUCAUUGAUUCAUCAACUGAACUAGAAACUCUGCAAAGGCCCUGUAUGAAAGCAUUUGGCUUGUAUUCAAAGACAAAACCAAAGCCUUCAAAAGAGUCCGUUAGAAGAGUAAAAGACCUACCACGUGAAGGGUUGCAUCCACUGUUCAAAAAUGACCUCGGUGGUACUGAAUUAUCAGCAAUGGCUUUUUCUGAACGCUUGAAGGCCUUCAGACCUAAGCAAACAAUCCUGGAAGCUGAAGGUGAAGCUGCCAAGUCAAAAAACCAUAGUCAAUGGGUCGAUGUGAUGAAGAGGAAAAGAGCUAUUCAUGAGGAGGUCAUCAAUAAAGUUCGUCAACAGCGCUCCAGUGUUCCUGCACCAGAGGAAGAUGGCUUUGAUCCCACACCUUCAGAACGGAAGGAGAAACAAGUUUCUGGUUCUAAAAGGAAAGCGAAGAGCUUUAAAGACGAGGAGAACUUCAUAAGUUCAGUACCAACAAAUCAGCAUUUUGAGGCUGGACUUUCCGUGAGAGGAAACCGAGGUUUUGAAUCAAAUAGGUUGGAUGCUGCUGUUCUGGAUUUGGUAGCUGAUGACAAAAAUGGGCUGCAUAAACAAAAGACUACAUAUCAUUGGGAUAAGAGGAGUAAGAAAUACAUCAAGCUUAACAAUGGAGAUCGUGUUACAGCUAGUGGGAAGAUAAAGACAGAGGGUGGUUCUAAGAUGAAGACCCACAAGACUGGGAUAUACAAGAAGUGGAAAGACCAAUCACACAAGAGAGUAUCUGUUAACGGAACUAAUGAUGGUGGCUCUGCUGCAGCAUCAACUAGUUUAGCUGGUGGUCCUAGAGGACAAGGUGGUAGCCGAAUGUUCAGAGGUGGGAGAAACAAUAGGUCAAUACCUAAUGCUCAUGUGCGAUCAGAAAUUAAAGAUGUCGAACAAGUUCGGAAGGAAAGAGAGAAGAAGGCGCAGAGAGCAUCUUAUUUGAAGACUAGGAAGGGGAAGAAGUUCAAUAAAGGUGGUAAAAAGGGACACGGAAACAGAAAUGGAAAGGGGAAGGGAAAGGGAAGACAAGGUUGAUUCCAUGCUUAUCGACUCAUUUGCUCCUGGUAAUCUCCUUUUGCAAGCUUACACAUGCAAAUCCAGAAGAACACUUGGGAUGUUCUUUCGCGCAAGUUAACUCGUCUAUUCUUAUGCGAGGACAAGUUUUGCUCCUUAUAAUCAGUGGAAAUAAGGUGAAGUUUUUACUGUAUGGUUGUGCAGCUUCGUAUGCAUCAGAGGCGAAUUUUAUAGUAGUCAGAUGGGAGCAUAGACUGCCUGUAGACAUACUGUGAAAUUUCUGGCUUCUUUGACAAGAAGUUUGAAGCUUUAUAUAGAGGUCAAAUAGCAGAUUUCUAGAAGUACUUUUGCUGGAAAAGUUGUAUGUGAGAGUAUUUCCUACAUAGUUAUCAAGGCAACCAAGAUUAGUGAAGUGUUUACCCAUCAGCUUAAUUACAACAUUGUUCUGGUUAUGGACCAAUUAUAUGUAUUUUGUGAAACUUACACAAGCAUAGUAAACUUUGCAA